UAUGAGUAAUACUUUUAAAUCUGCAGGCAAUACUCUUGCUAAAGGUAAUGAUUUAGGUUAAACGAACUAAAGUUUUGGUGGCUCUCAAAAUCCUGCUUCAUUAAAAGGAAAAUUGAUGAGUUUGGAGGUAUUUAAAUAAUAUAAUAUUAGGAAACUAUUAAAGGUAUUCAAGAUGAGAUGAAUUUUCACAAAAAAGAAGUUUAAAUUCUGAAAUCAGAAAAGGAUACUUUAGAAUCUGUUUUGAGCAUGAAAACUUAAGAUGUUAAAAAGACUCUUACAAAUGAACUUAUGAGAAUAGAAGAAGAAAUGAAAAGGUAUUUACAAUAUUAAAAUAUUCUUAAUUAGACAUUUUGCACAUCAAAAGGCUGAGAAUUCAAGAUUAUAAUAAUAAAUAACAGGAUUAAAAGGAGAAAAGACUGCUUUAUAAUAAUAAUUGUUAGGAUUGUAAAGGAGAAUUGCUGAGUUGGAAUUAUAAGUUGGUUAAGAAUAAGCAUGAAUAGU